GAUAUUAGCACAAGGAGGUCUCGUGAUCCGGAAUUUUCACUAAAAAGCGAUGCAAAUCGCAUUUCGGCGUAUUUAGCUAUGUUCGUGAGCCUGACAUAUGAGGUUUUUGGAAAAGUUCAAGGAGUUUUCUUCAGAAAAUUCACAAGAGAGAAGGCUAUUGAAUUGAAGCUUGUGGGAUGG